UCCGUAAGCGCGUGCUGGCACGCGCAUCCCAUCAGCGUUUUAGGCGGACGCUGGCAGAGACCUGCGAUGACAAGGAACAUCAAAAAUCUGCUGACGGUCCGUGAGUACGUCGAUGAGCUGGUACUCAAACUGCAGCAGAGCAGAGACCUACAGCUGGCUCUUGAGCCAACUGUACUAGAAACUCUCGACACUGAUGACUGCCAGCUGAGGAACGGGCAAAUCCAUGGUCUCGCCAAAAUCACCCACGACAAACGACCACGGCUCCAGUUGCCGACGCAGAGUCACACUGGCUUCGAUGUAGCAGCUACCCUGCUCGUUAAGGACAUCACAUUUGAAGCAGCCUACGAGUACACGUCCGCCCCCCUCUACGUACGAGGCGCUGUUGAAGGAAAGGUUGAUGUUGUGCGCAUGGAGCUCCUUAUCGCAGGACCCCAAGAAAUGUUCAAUAUCAGCACAGUGAAAACAUUUCGAGUGAAGGAAUUCACUGGAGUAACGGUGACAAAAAUGAGCGCGGGCAUCCCAUUUCAAAAACAUGUUGCUCCAAGGACUACAAAGGCAGUCAGGGAGACAAUCACGAGUGCAAUGGCUAACCGCGCCACACCUGUUCUUCAGGACACGGUGGCGAGAAAUAGCUUUCCAAAAUUCAGUACAGAAGAGCAACCAAAUGUGGGCCUGAACUUCCCUUUGCCUACUAAGCAGUGCGCAUGACAACUGAACACAGCUACAGUCAAUGUGAAAUACUAAUGAAGAUCUUUACUGAUCACUAAAGAUCAGAUAUUCAAUUGUAAAAAAUAAAAUAAAAUUCUCAACUGCUAAAAAUAAAUAUUCUAAAUAAAA